AUGACGGAGCUUCCGAAUGCGACCAGGGCGCCGGAGAGCGAUGCCCAAGAAGACGCUUCAGUAGAUGAAAGCUCGCCGAUGGGCCAACAUGAGCACUGCGUGACCGACAGACCGACUCCUGCUGGUCAGGGAUCAACCGGCGAAAUCAUCAAGCUCAACGACAUCGACGUGUACAUCUCCAAACCAGCCGACUAUCCCCAUACACCGUCCCGGCUUCUCCUUCUUCUCACCGGCGGAACAGGCAUCAAGUCCACCAAUAACCAGAUCCAGGCCGACAUGUAUGCCUCUGAAGGGUUUCUCGUCCUCAUGCCGGACAUGUUUGGCGGCGAGACAGCUCCCGGAGGAAAAGAGGCCUAUUUUGCGGACCACUCGACGUCUUUGCUUGAGCAAAUCAAGUUAAAGGCCGUCGAGGUGGCAAAGUCCUUCAUGAUCGAUAUGUGGCUGGCACGAGUGACGGAGGCCAAAAUCAUGCCUAUACUGCUCAAGGUGAUUGAAGCAGCGCACGAGCAGUACCCUGAUCCUAUCAAAUAUGGCGGCGGGAUCUACGCAGCAGGAUACUGUGUUGGUGGCCGCUACGUCCUCCUUCUGGCCAAAGGUUCCCAUGACAGCGGUGCCGAUAAAGAGUCGGGCAUGGUGAAGAAAGGGCCGCAUAUCAAAGCCGGAGCGCUGGCACAUGCCGCAUCGGUGACCCCGGACGACUUCAAGGACCUGCAAGCGCCAUUGAGUCUAGUGUGUGUCGAGAAUGAUGCUCUAUUCACGGAUGAGGUGCGAAAGGCUGGAGAGGACAUCAUGACGAGGGACAACGUGGAGCACGAGGUGCAGGUAUACCCCGGGGUGCCGCACGCAGGAUUUGCAGUCACAGGUCAAUACCAGGAGUCGGCCAUUAUGGAUGCCCAAGUCACGGCAUACGAGCAAAUGUUGAAGUGGCUGAAGGAACAUUAA